CUCCCAACUGCCUGAGUCUGUGAAGGAUGGGGAAGACAGAACUGGCUUUCAGUGUGGAGAGAAUUUUCCCUUUGAAUAUUCUAAACGGGAGCUUUGCACAUGUGCCUCAAGAACUAAUUGUCUAGGUUCCGUCAGGAAUGCAGCAGGAGAGGAGCGUAUUUCAUGCUUAAGACCAGAGAGGAGCCACGCAAUACUCAGUGGAUAAAAGGCUUGCAGUCCCAGCUGGGAAAAAGAGUCCCAUUAUCUCCCAGCUGCAUAGACAUUCCAUACGGCUUGGUUCUGCUUGGAUGCACAGCAUGCCUGGCUGAGAGCUCCAGACAGAGUUCUGCAGAAAAAUUGUAAAGAUCCCGAGACAUUUCCCUGACCCCAGCCAGCUGGCCUUGGUGAGUUCCCGAUAGAACAUCCCCUUUGCCUCAGCGUGUGGGUGCACCCCUCGCGGUCCUGAGUUCCUUGCUCGUGCUCACUCUCCUUCUGCUCCUACUUUGGAUCGUGAGACUUCAGUCCAGUGCUCCAAUGUUGGUCUCUGUCUCUGUCUUCUUUCAUCGCCUGAUGAAGACAGAUUGCUAACAUACUGACUAGAAGAUACAAUCUUCUUUCCUGCUGAUUGCAUGGGAGAAAUUUUUGACCUUAGAACGUGGAGAUGAGGUUGCUAUGGAAACUGGUAAUUCUGCUGCCACUCAUAAACUCUUGUGCAGGUGAGGGUCAUUUCAGCCGUCCUAUUUUUAUUCAGGAGCCACAAGAUGUCAUUUUUCCUUUGGAUUUAUCCAGAUCUGAAAUCAUUCUGACUUGUACUGCAAAUGGUUACCCUUCACCCCGUUACAGGUGGAAACAAAAUGACACAGAUAUUGACUUCAGCAUGACCUAUCACUAUAGAUUAGAUGGAGGCAGUUUGGCCAUCAGCAGCCCCCGCACAGAUCAAGAUAUUGGCACAUACCAGUGUCUGGCCACCAAUCCUGUGGGCACCAUUCUGAGUAGAAAAGCAAAACUACAGUUUGCAUAUAUUGAAGACUUUGAAACCAAAACCAGAAGCACAGUGUCUGUCCGAGAAGGUCAAGGUGUGGUGCUCCUCUGUGGCCCACCACCACACUUUGGAGAUUUAUCUUAUGCCUGGACCUUCAACGACAAUCCCUUGUAUGUUCAAGAGGACAAGAGACGAUUUGUAUCUCAAGACACAGGGAACUUGUAUAUUGCCAAAGUAGAACCCACUGAUGUAGGCAAUUACACUUGCUUCAUCACAAACAAAGAGGCCCAUAGAAGUGUCCAAGGACCACCUACUCCUUUAGUACAGCGCACUGAUGGUGUCAUGGGGGAAUAUGAGCCAAAGAUUGAAGUGCGUUUUCCUGAAACAAUACAAGCUGCAAAGGAUUCAUCUGUAAAACUGGAAUGCUUUGCCCUUGGAAAUCCAGUCCCUGAUAUUAGUUGGAGGAGGUUGGAUGGAAGCCCGAUGCCAGGGAAAGUCAAGUACAGCAAAUCCCAAGCUAUCCUUGAAAUCCCCAAGUUUCAACAAGAGGAUGAAGGCUUCUAUGAAUGCAUCGCAGGUAACCUUCGAGGAAGAAACCUUGCAAAAGGUCAACUCAUUUUUUAUGCCCCUCCAGAAUGGGAACAGAAAAUCCAAAAUACAUACCUUUCUAUCUAUGACAGCUUGUUUUGGGAAUGCAAAGCUACUGGAAAGCCAAAUCCUUGGUACACAUGGCUAAAGAACGGUGAACGCCUCAACCCAGAGGAGAGAAUUCAGAUUGAAAACGGGACUCUUAUCAUCACCAUGCUGAAUGUGUCAGACUCCGGGAUCUACCAAUGUGCAGCAGAAAACAAAUACCAGACAAUUUAUGCAAAUGCAGAAUUGAGGGUUUUAGCCUCAGCUCCAGAUUUCUCAAAAAAACCCAUUAAAAAAAUCUCAGUUGUUCAAGUUGGUGGUGACAUUUCUAUUGAAUGCAAACCAAAUGCCUUCCCUAAAGCAUCUAUUUCUUGGAAAAGAGGAACAGAGAGCCUAAGGCAAAGUAAAAGAAUAUUUAUCUUGGAGGAUGGCAGCCUUAAGAUAUGCAACGUGACCAGGUCCGAUGCUGGGUCUUAUACCUGUGUAGCCACAAAUCAGUUUGGCAGUGGGAAAAGUAGUGGCAGUCUCAUCGUGAAAGAGAGAACUGUCAUUACAAUACCACCAUCUAAAAUGGAUGUUACAGUCGGUGAGAGUAUCGUUUUACCCUGCCAAGUGUCUCAUGACCCUACUAUGGAAGUUGUAUUUGUUUGGUACUUUAACGGAGAUGUCAUAGACUUAAAGAAAGGUGUGGCUCAUUUUGAAAGAAUUGGAGGAGAGUCUGUUGGGGAUUUGAUGAUAAGGAAUAUUCAAUUAGGACAUUCAGGAAAAUAUCUAUGCACAGUACAAACAACACUGGAACGCUUGUCUGCUGUAGCUGAUAUCAUUGUGAGAGGUCCCCCUGGUCCUCCAGAAGAUGUAAAAGUGGAACACAUUUCAAGUACCACUUCCCAGCUGAGCUGGAGACCUGGUCCUGAUAAUAACAGUCCCAUUCAAAUAUUUACUGUCCAGACUCGUACACCCUUCUCGGUAGGCUGGCAAGCCGUUGCUACAGUCCCUGAAAUUCUCAAUGGACAGACAUUUAAUGCAACAGUAGUUGGUUUGAGUCCUUGGGUGGAAUAUGAAUUUCGUGUCGUUGCUGGGAACAACAUUGGAAUUGGAGAGCCAAGCAAGCCAUCAGAAUUGCUGAGAACCAAAGCGUCAGUCCCCAUUGUGGCACCAGCAAAUAUCAAUGGAGGCGGUGGAAGCAGAUCGGAGCUUGUCAUUACGUGGGAGUCCAUUCCAGAAGAACUUCAGAAUGGAGAGGGAUUUGGAUACAUUGUCAUGUUCCGGCCAGUGGGCUCAACAACCUGGAUGAAAGAAAGGGUAGCUCUUGUUGAAUCAUCAAGGUUCAUUUACAGAAAUGAGAGCAUCAUGCCCCUGUCUCCCUUUGAAGUGAAAGUAGGAGUGUACAACAAUGAAGGAGAAGGAUCCCUGAGUACUGUGUCCAUUGUCUACUCUGGGGAAGAUGAACCUCAGCUGGCCCCAAGAGGAACUUCUGUGCAGAGUUUUUCUGCUUCUGAAAUGGAGGUUUCCUGGAAUGCUAUUGCUUGGAAUAGAAAUACUGGAAGAGUGCUGGGCUAUGAGGUCUUAUAUUGGACAGACAACUCCAAAGAAUCUAUGAUUGGAAAAAGUAGAGUCAGUGGAAAUGUCACAACCAAGAACAUUACAGGCCUAAGAGCUAAUACAAUUUACUUUGCCUCUGUGAGAGCCUACAACACUGCCGGGACAGGACCCUCAAGUCCCCCAGUCAAUGUCACAACUAAAAAGUCCCCUCCAAGCCAACCACCAGCAAACAUUGCCUGGAAGCUGUCAAAUUCUAAAUUAUGUUUGAAUUGGGAGCAUGUAAAGACCAUGGAAAAUGAGUCUGAAGUUCUGGGCUAUAAGAUUCUCUAUCGGCAAAAUAGACAGAGCAAAACUCAUAUUUUGGAAACAAAUAAUACAUCUGCUGAGCUUCUGGUUCCAUUUGAAGAAGACUAUUUGAUUGAAAUAAGAACGGUCAGUGAUGGUGGAGAUGGAAGCAGCAGUGAGGAAAUAAGAAUUCCAAAAAUGUCGAGUUUGAGUUCCACAGGAGUUCGGAUUUUAAAGCCGUGUACCAAGUUCCUGUCCAUUGUUGGAAUUUUUUACUGUUUUGCUAUUCAACCACUUUCACGAUGAAUCAAUUUAUGGAUCUUUGGAAAUUUUCUGAAAGCAAAUCAUUCUGUAAAUACAUUCCCCAGCCUCCAUCACAAGACAUAUUCUUAAUACAGACUUGUUUGGAAAGAAAAAGAAUGUAUAUUACUAAGAUCUUGUAAAUAUCUGUGGUACAUUAAUAAAACAGUUUUAAACACUUUGAAACACUUUGAAUUUUAAUGUUCACACAUCAUUGCACAUUUGAGGGUGCUAAAUUAAUCUGGGAUAUAAAACUGCUGUGUCUUUCAGGUGACUUAUAUGGUGUGUAUAAAGAACCACCUCAAUUAACGAUCACAAUUAUGGGACAGAUGUAAAUUCAUGUCCAUUUUAUGUACUGCAGCAAUACACUUCACUAUUUACACUCUUAGCCCUGUUUGAAAUAAAAUACAAUUAUUUGUUUAUAGUUGGGGCUCUCUCAGGUACAAGAUAUUCCAAGUAAUGUUGCUGCAAUUUCUAAAUCUAGUUGGAAGAAUAUUCAUACUUGAAAACAUGUCAGUAUGCUUGAAGAUCUUCUCAGUUUUUAGAUGACUUGAUAAGAAAAAGUGAAGAAGGUGGAAUGUUAGUCAAGGAAAGAAAUGAGCAACCACUGAAAAUAAUUCUGAUAUUUGGUAACCAAGUUCCCAUAACAGAGUUUAUUCUUCUAGCAGAAACCAUAUACCCCUAAAUUAAAGACUUGUGAAUAAAUUCCUGCUACUUCUUAUAAACUGAUAGUUGUUUACAUAACCUUAUUUAUACAUAAUAAAAAUCAUUCUUAAACACGUAUUUGAUCAGAUUUUCUACAUUUUGGUUGUAGUAUUUUCCUUAAAUUUCUCUGUAAUUAUAAAACAUAACCUGGAUUGGAAAAUAAUAACCUUGUGAGUCUAGACCUAGUACAAUUUUUGAGGUAACUCUUCUCUGGGGUUAACCUAUUUAAGCCAGCAGUCCCAUAUGCUACAAAGUGGAGAGAAAUAGCAGGUGAAUGUGAUUCCUCGGACCUUUCCAUUUCAUCCACUAAAAUGAUGGAUUUCAUCCUGCUGUUGGCUUGUUCCAUUGAUUUUUAUUCUGGUGGAUUAGAUUUGCCUUUUAAAACAUGGUUCAAGGUUUUAUUUUUAUUUAUUAAAGUAUUUGAAUUUCCCUCACCGUCUACAAAUCACAUAGUCUUCAAAAUGAAAUAAAUAUACAUGUAUGUACAUCCUUUUAUUAAUUUUUUAUGCAUGUAUAUAAUGUAUUUUAAUCAAUCCCAAGUCCCUCUUCUCCAAUUUUUUUUCCUAUAUACCACCACCAUUUUUCCUUUCAACAUCAGGUGUCUCUUUUUUUUCUUUAAGCCUACUGAGCUCAGCAAGAGCUGUUCACUCAUGAAAGCCGCAAUUCUACUGAUGCAUGAAUAACCACUCUGGGGCCACAUCCCUGAAAAAAGUAGUCUCAUUCCUACAAAAGUAUCAAUUGCCAAUAUCCUCUCAGCUAGGGAUGGAAAUCAAGAGCCCCUUUGACAUCCGUGCUGGACAUUUUUCUGGCUUCAUCUUGCUCAGAUUUUGUACAUGCAGUCAAAGCCAGCUAUUUAGUUCAUAUGUGUGACAGCUGUCAUGUCCAGCACAUUCUGUUUUUCUGAAGACACCCAAUACCUCUGGCUAUUACCUCUGGUCUUUCUAAGAUACUUCAGAAUUUUUAAAAAAUGUCCCCCAUGUAGUCAGCAGCAGGUAUGCAACAACCUUCUACAGGAUUUGGAUCUCUCCUAAAUAGAAAUUACACCAUGUUCUCAGUAACAAGCUCAUUCUUUCAUUACAACAAGAGCUAGCUUUAUGGAGAAAACUAGUAAUGAAAACUAUUGUUUGACUGUUAACAGUUGCCUAUUAGAGAUACAUCUUUAUUUCUAUAGCAUGUGGUCUGAAUGGCUUAACUUUAGAAACAAAAUUAAAAUCUUCCUCCCAAGCAGAGGUUAAGACUUAAAUACACAAGGGAUUUAUGUGUCUAUGAAUCUAGAAAAUUAGACACAUGUUUUUUUUUUUAAUUUAAAAGUUAUAGCAAUAUUUUCUUUUUAAGUGGGCUUUCAUAGUAUGGUUUUCAUGCAUAAUUUUUGUACAAUAAAGUGAAUGAUGUAUAACUAAUAUUUGUAUUUUCUUCAAAUCAUUUUUUCUCCUUUAUCUUCAUUAAGUUCUUCCAGAGUUUUAUGCAAUGUAUUUGAUUAUA